GAGAGUUUGAACUAUGAAAGAGGAGGGGUUGAGAGAGAAGGAGGGAAAAUUUUAAUUUUUAGGGUUUUUGUAGGGUUUUUGAAGCCGACGAUCAAACGGAGAUAAUUUACGAUCGAUAGCCAAAUUCAGGUACUAGGGUUUCUGGAAGUUUGGCGGAAAGCGUGAAAUUCGACACACCCAGAUUGUAAUGGAGAAAGGGGCUUCUUUCUUGUUCGCCGGCAUUCACUUCGAUAAGAAGAGGUUUGCCGCAGAUUUCUCUAGGUUCGAGGGAAAAAGAGGAAGUGAAAAUGUAGCGGAAGGUCUGAGUUCGAUCGGUAAUGGUGAUUUCGAAGUCAAUGGGGGCUCAACGCCUUCGGAGAAGAGGAAGAGGAAGAGAAAAUCAGCAGCUACGGAAUCAGUGGAGGGAUUCAGCGUCUUUAAGGAUUCAAAAUCAAAAGCAGCUGCUUCAGUGAAUGAAGAAAAUCAUCCGCCUGAAAAUGAUCCUUCUGAAGAGAAGAAGGAAUUUUAUAGGAAACUUGAGAGAGAUGCACUUUUUCGGAAGAAGUAUAAUAUCCAUGUUUCUGGGAACAAUGUACCGUCUCCACUUCAGAAUUUUGCAGAGUUGAGCACAAGAUUUGAGUGUGACUCAUACUUGAUACGCAAUCUUGUUGAACUUGGAUUUAAAGAGCCAACACCAAUCCAAAGGCAGGCUAUUCCAGUCCUCUUAUCUGGCCGUGAAUGCUUUGCUUGUGCUCCUACUGGAUCGGGAAAAACCCUGGCUUUUGUGUGCCCUAUGCUUAUGAAACUUAAGCAACCAUCAAAGGAAGCCAUCCGUGCUGCUAUACUUUGUCCUACUCAAGAAUUAGCAUCUCAGACAACGAGGGAGUGCAAAAGAUUGGCUAAAGGGAAAAAAUUUCGUAUCAAGAUGGUGACAAAAGAAGUUCUAAGACAUGCUGAUUUCUCAAAGUUUUCAUGUGAUGUACUCAUAUCCACGCCACUUAGGUUAAGGCUUGCUAUUCGGAAAAAGAAAGUUGAUCUCAGUAGGGUGGAGUACCUUGUUUUGGAUGAAUCUGAUAAGCUAUUUGAGCUGGGCUUGUUGAAACAGAUCGACUCCAUCGUAAAAGCAUGCUCAAAUCCUUCAAUAAUUCGCUCAUUGUUUAGUGCUACUUUACCUGAUUUUGUUGAGGACCUUGCUCGUUCAGUAAUGCAUGAUGCCGUUCGGGUUAUUGUUGGUAGGAAGAACACUGCCUCUGAAACUGUCAAGCAAAAACUGGUUUUUGCUGGAAGUGAAGAAGGGAAACUUCUUGCUCUUCGUCAAAGUUUUUCAGAGAGUUUGAAUCCACCAGUAUUGAUCUUUGUGCAAAGCAAGGAGCGUGCAAAAGAACUUUAUGGUGAACUGGCAUUUGAGAAUAUCAGAGUCAAUGUCAUCCAUUCUGACUUGUCACAGAUUGAGCGAGAAAAUGCUGUCGAUGACUUUAGAGCUGGGAAGUCUUGGGUUUUAAUUGCCACCGACGUAAUUGCUCGCGGAAUGGAUUUCAAAGGGGUUAAUUGUGUGAUCAAUUAUGACUUUCCAGAUUCUGCAGCUGCCUACAUUCACCGGAUUGGCCGUUCUGGCAGAGCGGGGCGGAGUGGAGAAGCCAUUACUUUUUAUACAGAGGACGACAUCCCAUUUCUGCGAAAUAUAGCCAAUGUGAUGGCAGCGUCGGGCUGUGAGGUUCCAUCUUGGAUCAGCAGGUUGCGAAAAAAGAGGUGGAAAAAACACAGGCCUAAAAGAGAUUCGAUCUCAACCAAACCGAAGGAUGAUGAUGAAGCUUAAAUUUAGUUGCUACCUUUCUAAUCUGUUUCAUACAAAACCUUGGAACAAAAAGUGUUUCCUUUAGGAAGUUUUUGACCAGUAAUGUGAAAAUGUGUUGAUUUGUAUCAAAUUUUGUCUCCUAAAAUGUGAGGUGCAAUGUAGCAGUGUGAAAAGAAUUUGAUCAUUUGUACAUGGUCAAGUUGAAUAUUUCAUUGAUAUUAUUAAAAGAUUUAAUAUUUCGAGAUUA